AUGCCUCUCCCUCAGUUACUAGUUGGCAAGGUUGCCGCCAUCACCGGUGGUCUCACGGGAAUCGGACGAGCAAUUGCCCUUGACUAUCUCCGCCACGGAGCCAAUGUCUCAAUCAGUCACCUUGGCGGUGCAAAGGAAGACACACUCCUGGAAGCCCUGCGGAAAGAUGUGAACGAGAUCGAAGCCGGGGCCGCCGAGACCCGUUUCCUCACAGUAUCAGGUGACAUCUCCCAGCCCGAGACUGGUCAGCACUUUGUCGCAAAGACAGUCGAGAAGUUCGGUCGUCUAGAUGUAUUCGUGAGCAACGCAGGCGUGUGCCAAUUUGCAGAAUUCCUAGAACUCGAACCCUCCCUCCUAAACCAAACAAUCUCAACGAACCUCUCAGGCGCCUUCUACGCCACCCAAGCCGCCGCCCGACAAAUGGCACAGGCGCAAUCCCCGCCCGGCGGUUCAAUCAUCGGCGUGAGCUCCAUCUCCGCGCUUGUCGGCGGCGGCCAGCAGACUCACUACACGCCCACCAAGGCUGGCGUGCUAAGUCUUAUGCAGUCAUGCGCGGUGGCGCUGGGUAAGUAUGGCAUUCGUUGUAAUGCGUUGUUGCCUGGGACUAUUCGUACGCAGCUUAAUGAGGAGGACAUGAAGGAUCCUGUUAAGAGGGCUUAUAUGGAGGGUCGGAUUCCUCUUGGAAGACUUGGGCAGCCGCCUGAUUUGGCUGGGCCGGCUGUUUUCUUGGCUUGCGAAGAGUUAAGUAGUUAUGUGACUGGUGCGCAGUUAUUGGUUGAUGGUGGAUUGUUCGUCAAUCUGCAAUAA